GUUAUGAAGUUGAUACAGGGAAAGAAGCCCUCGCUGGCAGCGUUGUUGCUCUUGGCUGCUACCCUCUGUGCCAGCCGCAGGAGUGGUCCGGGCAGCAGCCUGGCCUGUCACCCUGUUAAUGCCACCAUUGCAGCCGAGAAGGAGGACUGCCCUGUCUGCAUGCCAAUCACCACCUCCAUCUGCAGUGGCUACUGUGAGACCUCGGAGAAGGUGUUAAAGACGCCGUUCUCAGCAUUCGACCAAAGAGUCUGCACCUACAGAGAGGUCCGCUAUGAGACUGUGCUCCUGCGCGGAUGCCCCUCAGCUGUGGACCCCUCCUUCACCUACCCUGUGGCCAUCAGUUGUCACUGCGAUCUCUGCAAGAUGGACUCCAGCGACUGCACUGUCCAGAGUGUUGGACCCAACACCUGCAGCAACCAACGCAUCUUUGUCUAUUGA